UGUCCUGGUCAUUGAGGGAUGCAGGCCUCAGGGGAUGAAGCUUGGUUCUGAGUGACAACCCCCGUGGAGGCAGGUGGGUGGGGAGACUCUGUUAGGAGUGGCCCGGCCCUUGGCUCUGCUGCCCUGGCUGGUCCCCUCCCAGGUGCCCAGGCUCAAACCCCAGCUCUGCCACCUUCCAGCUGUGUGACCUCCAGAAAGGUCACUUGUGGGACUUCCCUGGCGGUGGUCCAGUGGUUAAGACUGCACUUCCACGGCAGGACUGCGGGUUUGAUCCCUGGUUGGGGAAAUAAGAUCCCACGUGCCCCGUGGCAUGGCCAAAAAAAAAAAACAAGUCACUUGUGUGAGCUUCCUGAGUGGCUGAACAAAAUACACCACACUGCAGCUUAAAACCACAGGAGUUUAUUGUCGCCUGGUUCUGGAGGCCAGAAAUGCAAGAUCAAGGUGUGGCAAGGCCACACUCCCUCUAGAGGCUCCAGGGAGUGUCCUCCCUGCCUCUUCCAGCUUCUAGGGGCUCCGGCCUCCCCUGGCUUGUGGCUGCAUCCCUCCAGCCUCUGUCUCCAUCUUCACGUGGCCUCCUUCCUGUGUCUUCCUUCUGUGUGUGUCUGGAAACGGCUGUGCAUCCUGCAGGAUCCCCCAGCCUGGAUUAUCUGCUGUUCUCUUGUGAUCACGCUGAGGGAAGUUCCCUUCUCACCCGGCCACAUCAGGGGUCCCUGCUGCCCACAGGGCUCCUCGCUACUGACCUCACCCCUGAUCUCCUCCACCUCCCUGAAGGCGGAGUAUCUAUGUUGAUUACUGGAAAUUCUACUGGGGAGAUUUGUCUCUAUUCCCCUGUGUAUUUGUUUAUUUAACCAUUUAUAUCAGUACGGACGCCUGGGCAUUUACUUUCUAGUUUGGGUUAUAAUCCAAUAUUCCUUAAUUUUAUUCGUCAGGUUGUUCCAGAUUCGGCUGCUGGGAGCCCUGUCAGUGGCUCCUGUGUGUCACUGAGGCACUCCCAUAGUUGCGGGGUUUUAUUUAUUUAUUUGAGCACCCUCCUUACUUUCUGCCGCUACAAGACGCAGAGGGCUCCUCUGCAUAUUCUUGCUUCGUCCUAGAACCAGCCCUUUCGCCAAGGAGCCUGGUUCCUUUCCCUGGGGCACCGUUUUAAAAACCAAGAUCUGGGCGCUGGGUGUGCUGUCUUCCAUUUUAACAGGCAUUUUAAAAGUUCUACACAUAGAUGCUAAAUAAUGGAAAUCCCAAGGGCUCGUAUGGAGGACACAAGGAGAUACUUGAGUAACCCGCUUCGAGGCUCUCACCUGUGAAGGGGACCAAAUUUCCGGCGCCCAGAGAACGGGCUGGGGCUCCGGGCACGGAUGUCGGGUCUCUAGGGGAGUUCACAGCCUGCCUCCAGAACUAUUAACGCGAACUCCGUCCUGUCCUGGCCUCUGGCUGGUGCGUGGGUUUUUUCCCCCACCCCGCUACUCCAGCCGGGCCCCCAGACAGCCCGGCCCCCCAACCUUUGCCCAGGCGGUGCCGGUCACCCGGUGCACGCUUCCCUGCAAUCCUAGGUCUUUCUGGAAAAGACCUUUCAAACUGGAGAGAGUCCAACAGCAAUAGAACCAAUUUUUGGAAAACGAAUUGCGGAUGGGGUUUGAAUCCAGAGGGACCCUCAAAGUGUUAAGGAACCUCACUUAUAGAACCCAGUUAUAACACCGCGGAUACCAGAAGAGAAAAGGCAAAAUAUGGAACGCUUCACGAAUUUGCGUGUCAUCCUUGCGCAGGGGCCAUGCUAAUCUUCUCUGUAUCGUUCCAAUUUUAGUAUAUGUGCUGCCGAAGCGAGCACAGUUCCACGUUUGAUCCCAGAGCUAUUUAGAGGGCAUAGAAUACGCUCUUUUACACUAAGGGUGCACUCCAUUAAAAACCGGUUCAGCCAUUCGUCCCUUCUUUUAUGAUAUUUGUGCAACAAUACCUUAACCAAAUGGGGUCAUUCACUGAAAUUGAGAAAGUGGUUUUUGUUCCACCAAAUAUGACUCAGGUGGCUGCUGGGAAUCCAUGAUCGCAUGCAAAUUAUACUGGAAGAGGGGCGGAGCCGGAGCCGCUGCCGUCCCAGAAGUCUCUGGGAAGCGGCUGCGCUGCGCGGGCGAAUCUUUGCUCCUGGGAAGAUGGCGGCGGCGGAGCCGGGGCAUUAGGGCAAGUGCAGGCUGCGGCCACCCGCUCGGCUGGACGCACAGGCCGGCCCGGUGGGCACAAUGGACCUGGCUUACAUCUGCGAGUGGGAGAAAUGGCCCAAGAGCACCCACUGCCCGUCGGUGCCCCUGGCCUGCACCUGGUCCUGCCGUAACCUCAUCGCCUUCACCACGGACCUGCGGAGUGACGACCAGGACCUGACCCGCGUGAUCCACAUCCUGGACACCGAGCACCCCUGGGACGUGCACUCCAUCUGCUCGGGGCACAGCGAGGCCGUCACCUGCCUCGAGUGGGACCAGUCAGGCUCGAGGCUGCUGUCUGCUGAUGCCGAUGGGCAGAUCAAGUGCUGGAGCAUGGCCGACCACCUGGCCAACAGCUGGGAGAGCCCCGUGGGCAGCCUGGUGGAGGGGGACCCCAUCGUGGCCUUGUCGUGGCUGCACAACGGUGUGAAGCUGGCCCUGCACGUGGAAAAGUCGGGCGCCUCCAGCUUUGGCGAGAAGUUCUCCCGAGUCAAGUUCUCGCCGUCGCUCACGCUGUUUGGGGGCAAGCCCAUGGAGGGCUGGAUUGCGGUGACAGUCAGCGGCCUGGUCACCGUGUCCCUGCUCAAGCCCAGCGGGCAAGUGCUGACCUCGACAGAGAGCCUGUGCCGGCUGCGUGGCCGCGUGGCCCUGGCCGACAUCGCCUUCACGGGUGGUGGCAACAUCGUGGUGGCCACGGCAGACGGCAGCAGUGCAUCCCCAGUGCAGUUCUACAAGGUGUGCGUGAGCGUCGUCAACGAGAAAUGCCGCAUCGACACCGAGAUCCUGCCCUCGCUGUUCAUGCGCUGCACCACUGACCUCAACCGCCGGGACCGGCUCCCCGCCAUCACCCACCUCAAGUUCCUGGCGCGAGAUAUGUCAGAGCAGGUGUGCCCGCCCGGCCACCCUGUGGUGCUGCUGUGUGCGUCCAGCCAGACCAGCAGCGUGGUGGAGUGCUGGUCUCUGCGCAAGGAGGGGCUCCCCGUGAACAACAUCUUCCAGCAGCUCUCGCCCGCCGUUGGUGACAAACAGCCCACGAUUCUCAAAUGGCGGAUCCUGUCAGCCACCAACGACCUGGACCGCGUGUCCGCCGUGGCGCUGCCCAAGCUCCCCAUCUCGCUCACCAACACCGACCUGAAGGUGGCCAGCGACACCCAGUUCUACCCCGGCCUCGGGCUGGCCCUGGCCUUCCAUGACGGCAGCGUCCACAUCGUGCACCGGCUCUCGCUGCAGACCAUGGCCAUUUUCUAUAGCUCCGCAGCGCCCCGCUCCGUGGACGAGCCGGCUAUCAAGCGUCCUCGGACCACGGGCCCCGCCGUCCACUUCAAGGCCAUGCAGCUCUCCUGGACUUCCCUGGCCCUCGUGGGCAUCGACAACCACGGCAGGCUGAGCAUGUUGCGCAUCUCGCCCUCCAUGGGCCACUCGCUGGACGCGGGGCUGGCCCUGCGGCACCUGCUCUUCCUGCUGGAGUACUGCAUGGUGACUGGCUACGACUGGUGGGACAUCCUGCUGCACGUGCAGCCCAGCAUGGUGCAGAGCCUGGUGGAGAAGCUGCAUGAGGAGUACACGCGCCAGAAGGCCGAGCUGCAGCAGGUCCUCUCUACCCGGAUCCUGGCCAUGAAGGCCUCGCUCUGCAAGCUGUCGCCCUGCGCAGUGACCCGCGUGUGCGAGUACCACGCCAAGCUCUUCCUCAUCGCCGCCAGCUCCACGCUCAAGUCGCUGCUGCGCCCGCACGUGCUCAACACGCCCGACAAGAGUCCCGGCGACCGGCUGACGGAGGUCUGCGCCAAGAUCACGGAUGUCGACAUUGACAAGGUCAUGAUCAACCUCAAGACGGAGGAGUUCGUCCUGGACAUGAACACGCUUCAGGCGCUGCAGCAGCUCCUGCAGUGGGUGGGCGACUUCGUGCUCUACCUGCUGGCUAGUCUGCCCAACCAGGGCUCCCCGCUGCGGCCCGGCCACAGCUUCCUGCGGGACGGCGCGUCGCUGGGCGUGCUGCGGGAGCUGAUGGUAGUCAUCCGCAUCUGGGGCCUGCUGAAGCCCAGCUGCCUGCCUGUGUACACGGCCACCUCUGACACCCAGGACAGCAUGUCCCUGCUCUUCCGCCUGCUCACCAAGCUCUGGAUCUGCUGCCGCGAUGAGGGCCCCACGAGCGAGCCGGAUGAGGCGCUCGUUGACGAGUGCUGCCUGCUGCCCAGCCAGCUUCUCAUCCCCAGCCUGGACUGGCUGCCCGUCAGCGAUGGCCUCGUCAGCCGCCUGCAGCCCAAGCAGCCCCUGCGUCUGCACUUCGGCAAGCCUCCCGCUCUGCCCGGCAGUGCUACCAGCUUGCAGCUGGACGGCCUCAUCAGCCUGGACUGCCUGGUGGGGCCCAAGGCCCCAGGGAAUCAGAACCCUCUCAGGCAGACCUCCCAGGGCUUAGAGGUGACUUCAGGAGCCAUUCUUUGGAAUGUGUGGGAGAUGCAGUCGGGAGGCAGCUGGCCAGGACCCAAACCCAGCACCCCACGGGCCGCCUGCCUGAAAUGGUGCUCGAGCGAUGAAUCCCCAAGUGGAGGUUCGCGUCCCCGCCUCCCCGGGAAGCGCUCUGGACCUGCCCUCAACACCUUCUGUGUUUUCUUGCACGUCUCGCUGUGGGCGGAACAGCCUGAUGAAUCACACGCUGUGGGCGCCGGGCCAGCCCAAGAUGGACCACCUGCGGAGGCUGCACCUGGGCGCCUACCCCACGGAGGCCUGCAAGGCCUGCACCAGGUGCGGCUGUGUCACCAUGCUCAAGUCACCCAACAAGACCACGGCCGUCAAACAGUGGGAGCAGCGCUGGAUCAAGAACUGCCUGUGUGGGGGGCUCUGGUGGCGGAUGCCCCUCAGCUACCCCUGACUGCGCCCAGGCCCCUCGCGGCUUCGUCCCCUCCCACCACGGCCUGUGGCGCCCCCGGCACCAUGAUCUCGACCAAGGAGAAGAAUAAAAGCCCGAAGGACAGCAUGACGCUUCUGCCCUGCUUCUACUUCGUAGAGCUGCCCAUAGUGGCGUCCUCCGUCGUGUCUCUCUACUUCCUGGAGCUGACCGACCUCUUCAAGCCGGCCAAGGUGGGCUUCCAGUGCUACGACCGCGCGCUCUCCAUGCCCUACGUGGAGACCAGCGAGGAGCUCAUCCCACUACUCAUGCUCCUCAGCCUGGCCUUCGCUGCGCCUGCGGCCUCGAUCAUGGUGGGCGAGGGCCUGUUGUACUGCAUGCAGUCCCGGCUGUGGGGCCGCAGCGGGGGCUCGGGCGGGCCCGAGGGCAGCAUCCACGCCGGCGGCUGCAACUUCAACUCCUUCCUUCGGCGGACGGUGCGCUUUGUAGGCGUCCACGUGUUCGGCCUGUGUGCCACAGCCCUGGUGACCGACGUCAUCCAGCUGGCCACGGGCUACCACGCACCCUUCUUCCUGACGGUCUGCAAACCCAACUACACCCUGCUGGGCACAUCGUGUGAGGCCAACCCCUACAUCACGCAGGACAUCUGCUCCGGCCACGACACCCACGCCAUCCUGUCUGCACGGAAGACCUUCCCAUCCCAGCACGCCACUCUGUCUGCCUUCGCUGCUGUCUACGUGUCGGUGAGUCCCGGCCGGCCCAGCCAUGCCCUGGACACCCCACCAGGACCGGCUGCCCUGACCACCCGGCCUGCCCCCCUGCAGAUGUACUUCAACUCGGUCAUCUCGGACGCCACCAAGCUGCUGAAGCCCAUUCUGGUGUUCUCCUUUGCCAUCGCGGCGGGCGUCUGUGGCCUCACCCAGAUCACGCAGUACCGCAGCCACCCCGUGGAUGUCUACGCCGGCUUCCUUAUUGGUGCUGGCAUCGCUGCCUACCUGGCCUGCCACGCUGUGGGCAACUUCCAGGCCCCGCCGGCAGAGAGACCAGCGGCCCCGGCGCCUGCCAAGGAUGCGCUGCGGGCGCUGACCCAGCGGGGCCACGACUCGGUGUACCAGCAGAACAAGUCCGUGAGCACCGACGAGCUGGGCCCCCCCGGGCGGCUGGAGGGUGUGCCCCGGCCUGUGGCCCGCGACAAGACCUCACUGGGCAGCCUGAAGCGGGCCAGCGUGGACGUGGACCUGCUGGCCCCACGCAGCCCCAUGGGCAAGGAGAACAUGGUGACCUUCAGCCACACGCUGCCCCGCGUCAGCACGCCCUCGCUCGAUGACCCCGCCCGCCGCCACAUGACCAUCCACGUGCCUCUGGACGCCUCGCGAUCCAAGCAGCUCAUCAGCGAGUGGAAGCAGAAGUCGCUGGAGGGCCGCGGCCUGGGGCUGCCGGACGAGGCCAGCCCUGCGCACCUGCGGGCGCCAGCGGAGCCCAUGGCCGAGGAGGAAGAGGAGGAGGAGGAGGAGGACGAGGACGAGGACGAGGAGGGGGAAGAAGGGGGUCCAGCCCCGCCUUCACUGUACCCCACAGUCCAGGCACGGCCGGGGCUCGGGCCGCGGGUCAUCCUCCCGCCGCGGGCUGGCCCGCAGCCACUGGUGCACAUCCCCGAGGAGGGGAUCCAGGCUGCGGCAGGCCUGUCCCCCAAGAGCAGCGCAGCCGUGCGGGCCAAAUGGCUCAUGAUGGCAGAGAAGAGCGGCACCGUGGUGGCCACAGCCUCCACGCAGCCCCGCGUGGCCAACCCGCCACGGCUGCUGCAGGUCAUCGCCAUGUCCAAGGCCCCAGGCGGGCCGGGCCCCAAGGCGGCCGAGACGGCCUCGUCCUCUAGCGCCAGCUCCGACUCCUCCCAGUACAGGUCGCCGUCAGACCGUGACUCCGCCAGCGUCGUCACCAUCGACGCCCAUGCGCCCCACCACCCUGUGGUCCACCUGUCUGCGGGUAACGGGCCCUGGGAGUGGAAGGCGGCGGGCGGCGGGGCCAAGGGGGCUGAGGGGGAGGGCGGCUAUGAGCUGGGGGACCUGGCUCGCGGCUUCCGUGGGGGACCGAAGCCCCCGGGCGUGUCCCCAGGCUCCUCUGUUGGUGACGUGGACCAGGAGGAGCCGCGGUUUGGGGCCGUGGCCACCGUCAACCUGGCCACAGGCGAGGGGCUGCCACCGCUGGGUGUGGCCGACGGGGCCCUGGGGCCGGCCAGCCGAGAGUCGACACUGCGGCGCAAAGCGGGCGGCCUGGUGCUGUGCGAGCGGGAGGCCGCGGAGGCAGAGGCGGAGAGCUACUACCGCAAGAUGCAGGCGGCCCGCAGGUUCAAGGACUGAGGGCGGGGGC